CUGCUAAGUCUAUAAAAUUCAGUCACAGAGCUUUCUCAACAAGCAGAAACCUUAAAAGAUGGAUCAAAUUGAACACAAGUUUGUCAAAGUACGAGCAUUAAACCACCAUGUUGCUGAGAUUGGAACUGGUGAUAAAGUGGUAGUAUUUCUGCAUGGAUUUCCUGAAAUUUGGUAUUCGUGGCGCCACCAGAUGAUUGCUUUUGCUAAGGCGGGUUUUCGUGCUAUUGCACCUGAUUAUAGAGGCUAUGGACUUUCCGACCAGCCGCCUGAACCGGAGAAGACUACUUUUUCAGACAUCAUUGAUGACCUAGUCGGAAUCUUGGAUGCACUUGAAAUUAAGAAGGUUGUUCUUGUAGGAAAAGAUUUUGGAGCCAGGUUUGCCUGCAUCUUGCCUCUGCAGCAUCCUGAGAGGGUAACAGGGGUUGUAACAAUUGGAGUACCUUUCGUGCCACCUGGCCCGUCUUCAUUUCAUAAGACUCUUCCAGAAGGCUUUUAUAUUAACAGAUGGAGAGUACCGGGGAGAGCAGAAGCUGAUUUUGGUGGGUUAGAUGCUAAAACAGUUAUUAGAAAUGUUUACAUUUUAUUCUCUGGAAGUGAAUUGCCAACAGCUGCUGAAAACCAAGAAAUCAUGGAUUUGAUAGACUCCUCUACUCCCCUUCCUUCUUGGUUUUCCGAGGAAGAUCUUGCUGCAUACGGAGAAUUGUAUGCCAAAUCUGGCUUUAGAACUGCAUUGCAAGUUCCAUAUAGGGCAAUGGACGAAGAGUUCAACAUACCAGAGCUUAAGCUUAAGGUACCAUCACUACUUAUCAUGGGUUCGAAAGACUAUAUACAGAAAUUUCCGGGGAUGGCAGACUAUAUAAAGAGUGGUGUUGUUAAAGAGUUUGUUCCUGAUCUGGAGAUUGUGCAUCUUCCUCAAGGAACACAUUUUGUUCAGGAGCAAUCACCUGAUGAGGUCAAUCAACUCAUUUUGACUUUUCUUAAUACCCGCAUAUGGUCAUGAUCAAUCUUUUUACAAUGAUACGAAUAGCGUUAGUUGAAUCUCUGAAAUAAAUUGAGUCGAGGCUGAUUGUAGCUGCUGAAACUCCAUGAUCAAUGUUGUAUUAAAUAAAGACAAUGUAUUAAGUGUCGAAAUAUUUACAAAUUGUAUGAAUAAGGUAGGAAAAAGGAAAUGUAAUUCUGAGCUUAUGAAUAUGGAUUUUGUUGUGUUUGGGUUAUGAUCUUUGAAGCACAACUCUUUUCGGAGGUGCCGUAUGUAAGGGGGAUACGCUGGGGACACGUAUGGACACAGCAGAAUAAGUGUUCUGACAGUUUUUACUGUUGAACUAUGAGACACUUCGGAGGACACGCCGGAAGUGUUUAAGUGUUCAACACUUGGUAUUACAGUUAAUUUUACUGAAUUGAACUUUUUAUUUUACUUAUAUUGGAUGAACUAUGAAUAUUAUUUACAUAAUAUAUUUAUACAUACAA